CGUGAAUACCCCGUCAACGAUGACGUUUAUAUGUCAAGACGACACUUGUGCUUUUUGCUUUUAUGAGUGGCAUUCGGCAAGUUUUUUAAACAUACAAUAAUUUCAAUAAAAUAGUUUUAUAUUUAUGAAAACACAGUUUUUCCAAAAAUCAUAUGUGUAUAAACAAAUUCUAUGGCUACUCUUGAUGCAGAAUGGCAUUUAUCCAAUACUGGAGAACAUAUAUUAACAAACAACGGAAGCAUCAAAGAUAAAAAAGAGAUUUUUCAACAAGCUUUAAACACAGACUUAAAAGAAAUAUGUAGUCCAGUAUUAAGCAAAGAGCCUGCCAAAGAAGUAUUCUCUAAAGUAGUUUUGCAAAUUCAGAAGAUAAAAAAUAUAUCAGCACCAAAGGCAAAUGAGGAUUCUCAAGCAGCUCCUCGCAUGUUAAAACUUAGUUUAACUGAUGGCGAUGGAUAUGUUCAAGCUUUGGAAGUAAAAAAUAUUGGUACUUUAAGCCAUAAAACUACACCACCUGGUACUAAAAUAUUGGUCCAGAAUGCUAAGUAUUACUCAGGAUAUCUACUGUUAUCACCAGAAUGUUGUACUGUUUUGGGAGGUAGAGUACCAAAUUUAGUUGAAAAGUGGGAGCUUGCCAAGUCUACACUGCCAUCGAAAAGAAGAUAUUCAAGUGAGGAUGGUCCACCACCAUGGGUUCACUUUGGUGUGAAAAUUAAAACUAAUAUUCAAGAUGAUAACUUUGCAUCAUUAUCUAGCAAGGCUAAAGAUUCUAGUAAAGAAAAUCCUGAAUUUGAGCAACAGAGGCUGGAGGCUAUUGCUGAAGCCUCAACUGGAGCUGUUAAAAAGGUGUUUGGUGGUAGAGUUAAACAAAAUGUUCAACCUGUUCAAAAUUACCAGAAUAGGAAUAAUCAGAAACAAAGGAGAGACCAACCAAAAGGAAAGGGCAAAAAAUGCAUGGAUGAUGAAGAAGAUGUUGUGGAAAAGCCUUUGAAACCUACCAACAAAGUAUCUCUAUUUUCAUUCCUUGAAGAUAAAUUACCUGUUAACGAGAAUCCUCAACAUACUAAAUACUCAAAUCAGUUCCCAUCAGAUAGGUAUAGACCUAAUGAAAGCUAUAAACAAAAUAACAUGCAAUCAUAUCAGACCAGCAAUAAUCAAAAACCUUCAGCAAGACAAUCAAACCUAAACAGUUUCAAACACCAAAAUUCAGAGAGGUUUGAGAAACCAUACCCCAGCUAUAAAGAGCAAAACAGACAGAAUGAAAAUGCAUCAGCUCCAAUAAAUGACAUUAAGUUAUAUCAUGGAAACUCAAAUCAAAACAUCACAAAUCCUAUUAAGUUUUAUCAUAGUGAAAAUUCAAAACAAAGAUCAUCAAAUUAUAUGAAGUCUCAAGAUGAUGCAAGUCAAGAAAAUAAUAUAAAAUUUUACCAUAGUGAUAUUUCCAAAAAAGUGCCAGCGAAUUAUUCUAAUGACUCCAGACAAGGCAGCUCUAAUAAUGCAGCUUUUCAUCAAGAUAAUUCAAGGAAAGGUGGACACAAUAGUGGAAAAUAUAAUAGCAGUUAUCAGCAGAACACACAGAUCACUUAUAAUCAGGGAUACCAGCAGAAUAAUUAUCAGCAAGCUAAUUACCAGAGAAACAACCAGAACAGCUAUCAACAAAAUCAAAGUACUUACCAGCAGAAUAGUUAUCAGCAACAAAAUCAUAACAACUACAAGCAAAAUACUCAACCAACAAAACCAGUUCCUACUAGUACAAUGGUAACUAGCAAUGUUGACAGUACAGUGAACAGUAUUGAUGUGGAAAGUGUGACCCAAAAUCUCGGAAAAGUGUCAUUGAAUAGUCAAUUUGCCAGUAGAAGUUUAAGGCAGCAUCUAAAUUUAAGUACAAAUAAGAAGAACGAAGCUUCCACACCACCUAUAAUGCAGUCGGGUCAAAGUGGUGAUUCUUCAUACAAGAUUGGGGAUGUUUGUCUGGCGAAAUAUUGGGAAGAUGGAAAGUUCUAUGAAGCUACUAUUACUGCUAUAACAGAUAAAACCUUUGCUGUAAAAUUCAAAGGCUAUGGAAACAUAGAGGAAAUUUUGAAGACAGAUUGCCAACCUCUAGACAAUAAACAAUAUAAUCAGCAGAAAAGAUACAACAGUAGGCAGUAUUCAGGUAAACAUUUGUGGAUUUUUGGAUUGUAAUAUAACUUAACAUUUUUUAGGUUCAACAGAAUUCCGGAAGAGCACUAAAACUUACAACUAAUGCCAUAAAAAUUAAGUAUAAAACUAUGUUUAAAUUGAUGAUCUGAUGAUCAUUCUUUCAGUAUGAGGAUCAGCAGGAAUACUGGCGGACUUUUUUUUAGUUAUUUAUUUUCAUCUUAUAAACUCGUUUUAUGAUUUUUAGAAAAGCAGGUUUUCUUCCUUCUCAUGUGAAUUUGGCGAGGAAAUGUAAUCGCGAAAAUGAGAUUUUGGUUUUUGGUCAUCAACAUGGACGCCCGCAAGGGGCGGGGGCAGUGGCACUGGACCUUAAAAUUUGCAUGAUUUUGUGUACAAUUUUGAAGAUUUUUAGGGUCUGCGAGGCAAAUAGUUGGUGCUACAAUGCAAUUAUUUUUGAAGCAAAAAUUUUAUAUUUUAUUUUCUCUAGUGCCCCUUCAAGUCCUGCGGCCUGACGCACAGUGCGUCACCAUAGAUCCCCGUCCGUAUUGGGCACAUAGAUUUCCCCAAAUAUUGCCGAGAGACAGAAUUAUGCAAAAGCUUUUCGCAAUUUCAAAUUUUUUAGGGAGAGACGUAAUUUUUAAUUUGACCAAUAUUAACACAAUUAGUUGAUGAAGUGUGCCAGUUUUCUGUUUCCUCUUUGUAACCAUUACGAACUUAUGAAGAUUCGACACUUUUUGUAAUUAACUAAUUAACCCAUUUAUUCUCAGCGAAAUGUUAAC